UGCAAUAUUGACACUUAAAUCAGUAUAUUCAUUCACAAUGGAACGUUGGCAAAAUCGUGUUGCAAUCGUUACAGGAGCAAGUUCCGGUAUUGGUGCAGCAAUUGUCAAAGACUUGGUCAAGGCUGGUUUGAAAGUUGUUGGUUUAGCUAGACGAGUUGAACGAAUUGAAGGGUUGAAAGCCAGCCUUUCAGCCGAACAGCAGAAACGACUUUUUUCAGUGCAAUGUGAUGUGACAAGUGAGAUUUCGGUAAAUCAGGCUUUCGAUUGGAUAAUUGAGAAACUUGGAGGUGUUGAUAUUUUGGUCAAUAAUGCUGGCAUUGUACGACCUGGUAAAUUAGCAACCAUGGAUAUUCCACUUGUUAGGGAAGUCAUUGAUACGAAUAUUAUGGGAGUUGUAUUGGCCACUAAGAGGGCAUUUCAAAAUAUGAAAGAUCGAAAAUUCGAUGGACAUGUUGUCAUUAUUAAUAGCAUUGUUGGGCAUAGUAUUCCUUGUUUUCCAACUUUGGUCGAUUUGAAUAUUUAUCCAGCUUCGAAGUAUGCAGUUACAGCUAUUACCGAAAUCUAUCGUCAGGAAUUUAAGGGUUUCGGAACAAAAGUUAAAAUUACGAGUGUCAGCCCAGGAUUGGUUAAAACAGAAAUCACUGAGGGUUUUGAUGCAGCACCAAUAUUGAGCCCUGAGGAUAUCUCAAGUGGUGUAAUGUUUGCUAUAUCAACACCUCCCCAUGUACAAGUUCAUGAAUUGACAAUAAAACCAGUGGGGGAGAAUAUGUGAAAUAUUGUAGCCAUUGAAGUAGUUUUUAUAAUUUAUUGUUAGUUAAGAUAAGCGCACUUGAGCGAUAAAAAUAAAAGUUAACUUUGUUGAUGUCUUUUUAAAUUUA